AUGAUUAAUUAGGAUAGAUCUUAAAGUAAUUUUUUAAAAGAGGAUUCUCAUUUACCCGUUGAAACUAUUCUUUAUUAAGGGAAGAAAUAUGUUCCAUUUUUCCUCGGUGGUUCAUAGGGAUAUUAUACUGAUUAAUAACCUAUACCUCCAUAUGACGCAAUUGAUUUGAUUUUAGAAGGUGUGGCAUUAAUAGAAUUAAUAUUGAUGUGGGUAUUCUUUGCAUAAUUAUAUAAUUAAGUAUUUCAUUAAUGUAGUAUGAUAGCUUGAUAUAGAAAUUCCUAUUUUUUAUAAUGCAUUAGGAGAAUAGACAGCAACUGGCGAUAAAAUAAUUUUGUUAGCAAUUCCUACUCUUGGCUCAUUUUUUUUUAUUUUAUUAACUAUUUUAUCAUUAAUAACUAAUAGAUUUUAGUAUGAUUUGUAAGUGACUCCAGAGAAUUCAAAAAUAAUAUUUUCAAAUACUAGAAAAUUAAUUCUUGUAUUUAAAGUUAUAACAUAAGGAUUGUACAUUUUGAUACAUAAAUUUUAGAUUUAUAUUUUUGAGUAUAGGUUCAAUUAGAGUGAUUCAGAAUGAGAUAAAUGGAUAUUUAAUGUCAUAUGUUGUAUUUGUAAUAAUAGUAUAUGGAUUAGCAUAUUAUUAUUAUACAAUAGAAAUGGCUAAGAUAAUUUGA